GGCUCGACGUCGCAGGGGCUAGGCAUAGGGCUGUUUGGCUUCGGGACUUUGAGAGACACGAGAGCUUUGGCCAUGGCUGAAUCUAAUGAUUUCGUUUCGGUUGAUAUGGAGAGGAUCUAUCUCGGUGGAAAGUGACAAUCACAGGCUUCAGGGUUUUGUAAACAUCUCUUCAAAAAGUCCUGCAUUUGACCUCUUAUCUAAGAUACUUGAGGAACCAGACAGAGUGGUCAAGGAGCCAAAGCUAAUUUGGUUAUUGACAAAUUUAAAUUUUAAGAUGCCAUACUGUUUAUUGAUGAAUGCACUUGCUAAGACUGGACAGAUCAAAGAAGCUAAAUCAGUUUUUGAUGAAAUGCUUGAGAAAUGCGUUAGCUCAGCAUUCUGCAGAGGCGGGCUUUUGGAAGAAGCAAAGCAGUUGGCCAAGGAUUUUGAAGCAAGAUAUGACACAUACGACUUGGUGAUGUUUAACACUAUGCUCUGUGCUUACUGCAGAGCGGGCGAUAUGGAGAGCAUAAUGGAAAUGUUAAAGAAAAUGGAUGAAUUAGCUAUCAGUCUUGAUUAUAAUACCUUUCAUAUCCUAAUAAAAUAUUUCUGUAAGGAGAAGUUGUAUUUGCUUGCUUACUGAAUGACAGUGGACAUGCACAAUAAAGGCCAUCAAUUAGAUGAGGUAUGCUUCUUCCUAUUGAUUAAAACCGGCUACACAUUUUUUUCUUUGUUUUUCUGUCCAGAAAUGAGUAGAAAAAACUAUAAUAUAUUUUUCAAUAAACAAGUUAUAUUUUUCCCGCGAUUACGUUUAAUGGGUUUUUCUUGUUACUUCUGUAAUGCCUGUUUGUUUCAUCAGUGGAUGAUCACAUCUGUUACUUUGUACCGUAUCCUUAGAUCACGUCUGACUUUGAGUUUCUCAUUUGUGACGAUAUUUUAACUUGUCCCAUUCCCAGUUGUUUACAUCUUCUAAAUAACAUCAAUAAGUUAGUUUCUGGUUGUUUGUAUUGCAAAUUUAAUUGUCUCUCAUACUCUCGCUCUACCUAUGUUUUGCAAUCCUUAAGCUCUCGUCCUCACUCGCAUUCUCUUGAAAAAUCAUAUUUAA